AUGUUAACCGCAACAAAAAUGUUUAUGAUUGUGUUUACGUUGUUAUCAAUUAUAAAGAGUGUUACAUUAUCUGCAUGCGAUGAACAAGAAAUACUGGAUAUAUCUGAUGGUGAACUACUACCCAACGGGGAUGUAGUCUUCGAUGGAGUUGUAUAUGAAAACCGAGAUUAUUUCAUCAACAACGUCACUGGAAUAAAAACAGCUUGUCCAAAACUGGUUAUCAACAAAUGCUGUCCAUUUGGUACCGGGUACAAAACAAGGCAGUGUGUAAAUAUAACGGAUAGCUUCGAUGCUCCAGUAUGGGAUAGGUACAAAUUAAUAGAAGGUGCCCGUGCAAGAGAAAUGUUCCGGUUUCGGAUCGGAAAAAUUAACUGUACCCGCCCUUAUGCACGUGUGCUGGUGUCCCAAAUUGGACAACUAGAUUGGUCAGACAACUGGCAUCUGAAAUCGGAUGGAAAAUUAUUCGUCGAGCUGGAUAGCAGCAUUCCACCCUGGACAGUCCAGCCACCCGACAAAUACUGCAUUGAUACCUUUGUCUAUGAAGAUCAAGAUGGAAAAACGCAUACUCGUCUGGAUGCUUUGGCAUGCUUCCUCGAUGAGACUCCUCCUAACCACUUCGAAGUUCGAAGCACAUGCAUGCUGCUUUCUUGCGCGUUCAUUCUUAUUACUGUGGCAGUGUACGCGUGGCUGCCCGAGCUCCGCAACAUGCACGGCAGGGUGCUCAUGGCAUACCUCCUUUGUCUCUUCGUUGGCUUCAUCUUAAUGGCUAGCAUGCAGAUUAUGCUAACCAUAGACAAUAUCACUCCCCAUAUUUGUGUUGUUUUAACAAUUGUCAUUUAUUUUGCACUCGAGUCUGCAUUCUUCUGGCUUAAUGUUAUGAGUUUUGAUAUCUGGUGGACUUUCAGCGGUAAAGGAGGAAUGACAUCAAAAAAGAUGUCUAAACGAUUUUGCGCAUACUCAUUGUAUGCGUUUGGAGUGCCUACCAUUUUAACGAUAAUCCUCACGAGUUUAGAAUUUUCUGGUCUCCCACCACAUCCACUUUUACCAAUGGUUAGAUAUCAGGGCUGUUUCUUAUUUGGAAGAAGUAAAUUAUUGUACUUAUACGGACCAAUGUUCUUCCUUUGCCUGGCGAAUAUAGUGUUUUUCAUAAUGACAGCAUUACGGAUCGCUCGAAUAAAGCACGAGACGGAGAUGCUCAAAUCCAAAGAAAGUGCCAUGCAUGAUCAACAUAGGAAGGACAAACAACGAUUGCUGCUGUAUUUAAAACUUUUUACCGUGAUGGGUAUCAACUGGAUACUGGAAGUUAUCAGCGCGCUAUACCCUGAUGCCGACUACAUCUGGUGCUUCACUGACGUUUACAACGUUCUUAUUGGUGUCACAAUUUUCAUCAUUUUCGUCUGCAAACGGAAAAUAUUCCGCCUCAUAAAGAAGAGGAUAAAAGAGAACUUUACAAAUUCUAAGAAUAAUUCCGAAGAACUUAAAUAUAAAAGAACCAUACCCACAAGGUUGUGUGAAGACAGUCAGCAUCAAAGAGGCAGUGUUGAAACAAUAAGAACUACCAUUGGCAUGGAAAAUGGUGUAACAGCUGAAGCAAAUACAACGAUCUUAUAG